UUCAUCUUUGGGGUUCGCUGGAGUGUGUUGCUAUGUGGACCACGUGAAUUCAGGGAACUCAGUGAUGGAUUAAAUCCGACUUUCUGGCCAAGAAGAUUGUCACUUGUGAUCCUUUUUAUUUGGGGUCUCGAUUGAUUUUAUUGUGAAAUGGGGAAGCCGGAGAAGAAAAGGAGUGUGUGUGAUAAAGUGCGCAGGAGCAGUGCACAUGCUCAGAUUAAGACAAACCCGUUUGAGGUGAAGAUUAACAAGAAGAAGUUUGAUGUUUUGGGACGAAAAGGCAAACAUGAUGUGGGACUGCCAGGCGUGUCUCGCUCUAAAGCUCAUAACAAGCGUAAACACACUCUGCUGAAGGAGUUCAGAAUGAAGCACAAAGCGAACUCGUUCAUCGACCGCCGUUUUGGAGAGUACGACACCAAGAUGGCCCCUGAGGACAAAAUUCUGCAGAGAUUUGCCAUGGAGAGACAGCGUGCUCAGGUGAAAAAGGAUGUGUUUAAUUUGAAUGAUGAGGAGGAGUUGACGCAUUAUGGACAAUCUCUGGCUGAGAUGGAGAAGUUUACAGAUGGAGUGGACAGCGAGAGCGACUCAGAGGAGAAAGGCCUACUGUCCGCUGAAAUCACUGCGUCACACUUCGGAGGAGGCGGAGGACUGCUAAGGAAGAAAACCAGUGAAGAAGAGGAGGAAAAAAACAAAACGCGUCAGGAGCUCAUCGAGGAGCUCAUCCUCAAAUCCAAGCAGGAGAAGCGAGAGCGUCAGACGCAGAAAGAGGAGACACACGAGCUGACGGAGAAACUGGAUCAGGAGUGGAAGUCCAUCCAGAACCUUCUGGCACGUAAAACUCCCAGAGAACACGAGGAGGAAAAGGACAAACCGAAGCUGGAUGAAUAUGACGUGAUGGUGCGGGAGUUGGGAUUUGAGAUGAAAGCUCAGCCAUCUGAGAAACUCAAAACCCCACAGGAGAUUGCCAGAGAAGAGAGCGAGAGACUGCAAAAACUGGAGGCAGACAGACGGAGGAGGAUGGAGGGGGAAGUGGAGGAAAACCCUAAACACACACACACAUCAGCUGAUGACCUCAGUGACGGAUUCAUCCUCAACAAGGAUGACCGCAAAACACUGUCCUACCAGGAUGGGAAGUGGAACAUUGAGGAAGUGGAAGGUGAAGGAGGAGGUGAUGAAGAGAAGAAUGAUGAUGAAGGGAGUGAUGACAGUAGUGAUGAUGAUGAUGAAGACGAUGAUGAUGGUGGUGAUGAUCAUACUGAUUUGGAAGAUAGCAUAAGUGAUGAGGAUGAGGAAGAUGAAGAAAAAGAGGAAGAGGCUACUGCAGAAGUGAAGCACACACUGAGUGAAGAGGAGAAGAGAGAGAUUCAGGACACAGCCCGUGCAGAGCUGCCCUACACUUUCACAGCUCCUGAGUGUUACACGGACCUGAAGGCAAUGCUGCAGGGUCACUCAGCUGAUGAACAGUGCCUCAUAGUGGAGAGAACGAAGAAGUGCAAUCAUCCCAGUCUGGCUGUGGGAAACAAAGCUAAAUUACAGAAGUUGUUUGGCUUCCUUUUGGAGUAUGUAGGUGAACUAGCUACCCACAAUCCCCCACAGCUCACCACCAUCAACAGACUCAUCCCGCAGAUCUUUUCUUUGUCUCAGCUCUUUCCUGAAGCAGCAUGUCAGGUGAUGCAGUCACUGAUUGGCGAUGCUGCUCACAGCAUGGCGCAGAGUGUAGAGGUCAAAGGUCGUGCUGCAAUCCCAAGGCUGGAUAUGCUCGUCUAUCUGAAGCUCGUCACUCUGCUGUUUCCUGCAUCUGAUUUCCGUCAUCCAGUGACGACGCCAGCCUUCCUCUACAUCAGUGAAGCUCUCACUAAGUGCACAGUCGUGUCUCUGGAGAGUGUGUGUGCAGGUCUGAUACUGUGUUGUAUAGCGGUGGAGUGUGUUUCUCUCUCCCAGCGCUUUAUACCUGAGCUCAUUAACUACCUGCUAGGGCUCCUGCACCUCGCUGUCCCCACACACACCUGUACCGAUUACCAUGUGGUUCCUCCAUUCAGGCCACAUGGGAAGAGCAGUGAGCUGCUGCAUGUGUGUGAUCCACAGUCAGCUCACAGCUGGACCAGGAAAAGCAUCUCGCUCUCAUCAGUCCACAGAGUUACAGCUAUUACAGAGAGGGAACGAGACCACUACAAGUUGUCUGUGCUUUACGUAUGUUUGGAUUUGAUAAAGAGAUGCACAGGGCUUUAUCAACAACUUCCUGCCUACCAGCACAUCUUCCAGCCAAUCAGAAUCCUCCUAGCUAAGCAUCUUCCUGUUACGGAUUACCCAUCCGCUCUGCAGGACCUGCAUAAAGAAAUCCUGGAGGCCAUUCCAGAGACGCCAUCCCAGCAUGCACCACUGGUGUUUAAUAAAAAGAAACCCAUCCCUCUCAAACUGCUGCGGCCCAAAGUGGUGGAAGUGCUGGAUUAUGGGAGGAAACGAGGGAACACAAAAGAGGAGAAGGAAAGAGAGCGACUGAAGCACAAGUAUAAGAAAGAGUUUAAAGGUGCUCUGAGGGAGAUUAGGAAGGACACGCGCUUCCUCGCUCACACCAAACUGUCCGACACCCUGCGCAGGGACACGGAGAGGAAGAGGAAGGUGAAGGAGCUGUACGGUAGUUUGGCCUCUCAGGAGGGUGAGUGGAAAGCACUGAAGAAGAAGAAAAGGAAGUGAUGUCACAGUGCAAACCCCACUUCCUGUGUGAAAAGCUGAAACUGUGUACAGUUUAAUGUUGAAGAAAGCAAGAGUGUCUUGUUGGAGCAAUACACACUUUUUUUUUUUUUUUAAUAAAUCUUUCUGAACCAGUUUGUA